ACACGGAACGUUUGUUUCGGCUCCACGGCGGACAGAAAUGCGCGGUGCACACGGCUAAUGCAUGGCGUCCUUCAACCAUAGCCGUCUCUAGCUAAAAGUUUAUGUGUCUACUGCUCUGUAGUUAGUUUUAAGCUAUUUUCAUCCUAUUAUUUGUAUUGAUAUCCGUAAUUAUGGCGACAAGGACCGCGUGUCGAGUUUUCCAGAGACGCUUUGCCUCCGCUGCAGCAGCUCUGCGUCCGUCGCCCGCGGAGGUGCGCGGCCAGCGUAACGCCGUCUUCUCCAGGGAGCAGGCCAGGCAGAGAGCUCUGUACCCCCGCGUCGAGAAGAUCGAGGUGACCGUGCGGGGGCCGGGACUGGACGGCACGCUCCUGAUCAUGAACAGAGGGAUGUCCACGCCGCUGAGCUGUGCCCGGCAUCUGACCGAGCAUCACGUCAACAACUCCGCUCUGGCGAUCGUUGACGGAGAACCGUGGCCCCUCCACCGGCCCCUCACCCACUCCUGCACCCUCACUCUGCUCACGUUCAAAGACAGCGACCCAACUCUCGUCAACCAGGCCUACUGGCGUUCCUGCGCUGCCCUGCUUGGACAGGUUCUGGAGACGGCGUUUAAGGAUGAUUACGCCGUGGAGCUGCUCAGCACGCCGGAAGUGCCAGUGACUUCAGGCGCGUUCUGCUGCGACGUCGUCCUCGACCCUCGGCUGGACUCGUGGACACCCUCUGAGGAGUCUCUGCGCUCGCUGACCAGAGGGGCCCAGCAGCUGAUCCAUCAGAACCUGGCCUGGGAGCCUCUGGAGGUGACGCCCUCUGUGGCGCUGGAGGUUUUCUCACAUAGCAGGUGUAAACAGGAGGAAGUGGAACAGAAAGCAGCACACAGUCCUAAAGGCACCGUUAUGCUCUACAGAUGCGGUGAGCAUGUGCUGCUGAGUGGGGGCCCCCUGGUGGCCAGAACAGGCCUGUGCUCCCAGUAUGAGGUGACAGCCGUCCACAGCCUUGGCCAGGGCCCCUGGGGCCACCACCGCAGAGCUCAGGGCCUCUCCCUUCCUCUGCAGCUACAGGCUCAUCACACGAUCUGGAGGAAGCUGAGGCAACGGGCAGAGAAGCCGGUCGAUGUGCCAGAACCUGAAAACGUGACUCCAUCUUCUCCUCCCGACCCGGCUCAGCCUCCAACCAACCAGUAACCACCGUCCACACCGUUCAAACCCGCCACCGUGUAUCACAUUUGUUCAAUAAAUGCUAAAAACAAGC